AUGGCUCCUAGCGGUGUUGCCCAUGAAUUGUCUGCCAAGCGUCGGCAGUUCGCCGGCGAGCCUGGCUUCAAAGGCCUUGUCAGGAAUGGAAGGACCUUUGCGAUCGCCCUUUUCGCAUCCUUGGGAGGUUUGGUGUAUGGAUAUAAUCAAGGAAUGUUCUCGUCAAUUUUGACAAUGAGUUCCUUUCAGAAGGAGAUCAAAGGUUACGCCGCCGAGACGGGCACUAAACAAGCCAUCACCACUGCCAUUCUCGAACUCGGAGCAUGGGUCGGAACUCUGCUGAACGGAUGGCUCGCCGACGCGAUCGGUCGUCGUCAGACAACUAUCCUUGCAGUCUGUGUCUUCUGCGUGGGUGUCAUAGUUCAGGCAAACACCAAGGCUGUCAGCUAUGUUCUUGGCGGCCGAUUUGUUACUGGUCUGGGUGUUGGUAGCUUGAGUAUGAUUGUGCCCUUGUAUAAUGCUGAGUUGGCCCCCCCAGAAAUUCGUGGGUCCUUGGUCGCUGUCCAGCAGUUGGCUAUCACAUUCGGUAUCAUGGUCAGUUUCUGGAUUGGCUAUGGCUGCAACUUUAUCGGUGGAACUGGAGAUACACAAUCGAAGGCAGCCUGGCUGGUUCCUGUCUGUAUCCAGUUGGCUCCGGCUAUCAUUCUGGGAAUCGGAAUGGCCGUCUUCAUGCCUCAAUCUCCUCGUCACUUGAUGAACACUGGUCGCGAAGAGGAAUGCUUGGAGGUAUUGGCCUGGCUGCGCAACAAAUCGACCGAUGAUAUAGUGGUGCGCAUCGAGUUCCUGGAGGUGAAGGCUAUGCACAUGUUUGAGAAGGAAACUUCGGCAGCCAAGUAUCCCCAGUAUCAGGAUGGCUCCCGGAAGAGCAGACUUAUGAUCCUGAUCAACGAUUACAAAUCUCUUGUCACCAAUCCAUCCCUUUUCAAGCGUUCGACAGUUGCGUGCCUGAUCAUGGUCUUCCAACAAUGGAAUGGUAUCAACGCGAUCAAUUACUACGCGCCUUUCAUCUUCAAGGGUAUUGGACUGACAGGCAACACCAUCGAUCUUCUCGCAACUGGUGUUGUGGGUAUUAUGGAGUUCGUCUUCACGAUUCCCGCCGUUCUCUGGGUAGACAAGUUCGGGCGAAAGAGCAUUCUGAUCGCAGGCGCUAUCGGUAUGGCAUCUUGUCACUUUAUUGUCGCCGGUAUCAUCGGAGCUUUCAAGGAUGACUUUGCCACACAUAAGUCGGCUGCAUGGGCCGGAGUUGUCUUCGUCUGGAUUUACUGCAUCAACUUCGGCUACUCCUGGGGUCCUGUCGCUUGGAUUGUCGUGUCAGAGGUGUUCCCGCUAUCUAUGCGUGCCAAGGGUGUCGCCCUUGGUGGAAGUAGUAACUGGCUCAACAACUUUGCCGUUGGAAUGGCCACUUCGCCAUUUAUUUCCAAGACUCAAUUUGGCGCCUUCAUUUUCUUCGGUGUCAUCACCCUCAUCGGUGCUGUCUACGUUUACUUCUUCGUGCCCGAAACCAAGGGCCGCACUCUCGAAGAGAUGGACGAACUUUUCGGUUCCACAGGUAUUGCCGCUGCUGAUGAAGAGCGAAAACACCGUAUUGAGCGCGAAAUCGGUCUAUUGGCUCUUCUUGGCGAUGAAGACUCGGGUGUAGAGGAGUCUAAGACCGCAUCCGACGUUGCAAUCGACAGCGCGAACAAGCAUGUUGAGGCAACGGACCUUCCUAACGAGAAGGCUUAA